AUGGAAGAAAUAAAGGACGACAGUACAUCAUUAUUUAUACAUUCUCAGCUUCAUUCUGUAAUAGCAUCCCAACGUGCUACAAUAGAAUCUCUGCGUGAUUCAUUAAUACGAACACAUGUACCUCGAAAUGAAUAUGAUGCACUUGCUAGUGAACUUGAAGACUCUCAAAAUAACGCCACUGACCUACAAAAUCAACUCGAUAUAUCUGUAGCUCAUUCGAAUGAUUUACAAAAUCAACUAGAUCUUGCAAAUACAGUUGUUAAUCAACUGCAAACAGAACUCGAUGAUGCUCGUGCAAAAUUAACAUCGACUUAUGAAGUAUUGAAUGCAGCUUGUUCAAAGAUUGAUUGCGAACGUGCUGAAUUUGAAAAAUCCUUACAACAUAUUCGUCGUACAACGGUGGAUGAAAUUCGUAAAAAUUCUGAACUAUACGCUAAAACGCUUGCCAUGGAACAAACAUAUGUAGCACAACGUCAAGCACUGGAUACCAAAACAAAUGAAUUAAAACAAUUAGAAAAACGUUUAUCAAAACAAGAAGAGCAUGCAACAAAUAAAAUCAAUAAAUUAGCUGUUAAAUUAGAACAAGAAAAAUUUAUUUCAAGAGAAAUUGUUCAAACAGGACCGAACAAUUUAGUAAAAUCGAAAAAUAAAAAGUGA